AUGGCCAGCCCGAGACCAGCAACCCAACGUCGCAAAGAAGAAGGAGAAAAAAUAUCCUCAGUCACCCGUGACCGAGCACAGCUCGCCAAAGCCUACAUCGAAGGGAGAUUUUCUAAGCUUAAAGAAGAAGAGGAAGGACGUCGAGAAGAGUGACAAGAACUUAACAAAAUUAUGGAAGAGCUCUGCUUGUCCUCAACAGAACGGCAUAUGAUUAAGCAGGAAAUCCUUCACAAAGAAGCUGAGCUACUCCGCGAAAAACGCCAAAAAAUAACUGUUUACGAUUUCGAACCCAUCUCAAUCAUAGGAAAGGGCGCAUUUGGAGAAGUCAGAGUGGCGAGGAAGAAAGGAACCGGCGAAGUCUUCGCUCUCAAGAAAAUGGACAAGUCAGAAAUGAUCUGUAAAAAUCAAAUUCAGCAUAUAAAAGCUGAACGAGAUGUCCUUGCACAUUCAGAAAAUCCAUGGAUCGUCGACUUGAAAUAUUCUUUUCAAGACGAAAAAUAUUUGUAUUUGGCAAUGGAAUAUUUAGGAGGAGGAGACUUUAUGAAUUUAUUGAUAAAGAAAAACAUCUUGACUGAAGCAGAAAGCAGAUUUUAUAUUGCAGAAAUCAUACUUGCUGUAGACUCAGUGCAUAAGAUGAACUAUAUACAUAGAGACUUAAAGCCUGAUAAUAUACUUAUUGAUAAUAGAGGACAUAUAAAAUUGUCAGAUUUCGGCCUUUCAAAGCAUGCAGAAAUAUUUCCUUCGCAAAGUAGAGAAGUGUUGAGAAAAUUAGAAGAGGAAAGGCUUAAACAAUAUGUGGAUCGAAGGAGUGAGUUCCAUAGAAAUAGAAAACUAGCAUUUUCUACAGUAGGAACUCCUGAUUACAUAGCUCCAGAAGUGUUUUCUCGACAAGGGUAUACAGAAACGGUAGACUGGUGGUCAGUUGGUGUCAUUUUAUUUGAAAUGCUUGUUGGCUACCCUCCAUUUUACGCUGACAAGCCCAAAGAAGUCUGUCAAAAAAUCAUUAACUGGCAGAACUAUUUCACAAUCCCUAGAGAAGCCCGACUGAGCCAUGCCGCAAUUGAUUUGAUAAGAAAAUUAAUCUGCGAGCCCAAUACAAGACUUGGAAUCCGAGGAGUCGCAGAAAUAAAAGCCCAUCCUUUCUUCGCAGGAGUUGACUGGAACAAUAUAAGAGCUCAAGAUGCUCCUUAUGUCCCAGAACUCCGAGGCGACACUGAUAUUUCGAAUUUCGAACAAUUUGAAGAAACUGAGCCUUUUUACCCUCCUAUAAGUAACAAAAAAAGACCUCAGAAAAAAGACGUAAACUUUGUCGGCUAUACUUUUAAAAAAGACGUAGAAAAACAGCGGACUGGAUUGACGAGUGCGAUCGAGGAGCUCGAAGCUAUAAGGAACUCGACUGCCAGGGAAAACCAACCAAUUAAUUAUAUACCGUCGUCUGAGGAGUUAUAUAAUGGAGAGCUGUAA